GGAGAGUGCGCGGCGGGCGGCGGCGGCCGGGGAGGCCGGGGAGGCCGCGGCGCGGUCACUGCGAGCCGAGCCGAGCCGCGCUGAUCGCCAUCCGGGCCCGGCUCUCGCGCGCGAUCCCGGCCAGCGGCGCAGCCCGGCGGGCCAGGCGGCGCCGCUGCCCAUGGAGCUCGAGAACAUCGUAGCGAACACGGUGCUACUCAAGGCCCGAGAAGGUGGUGGUGGGAAUCGCAAAGGCAAAAGCAAGAAAUGGCGGCAGAUGUUACAGUUCCCCCACAUCAGCCAGUGCGAAGAGCUGCGGCUCAGCCUCGAGCGCGACUACCACAACCUGUGCGAGCGGCAGCCCAUCGGGCGCCUGCUGUUCCGUGAGUUCUGUGCAACGAGGCCCGAGCUGACCCGCUGCGUUGCCUUCCUGGAUGGGGUGGCCGAGUAUGAAGUGACCCCUGAUGAGAAGCGGAAGGCGUGUGGGUGGCGGCUAAUGCAGAAUUUUCUGAGCCACACGGGUCCUGACCUCAUCCCUGAGGUCCCUCGGCAGCUGGUGACUAACUGCACCCAGCGGCUGGAGCAGGGCCCUUGCAAAGACCUCUUCCAGGAGCUCACCCGGCUGACCCACGAGUACCUGAGCGUGGCCCCUUUUGCCGACUACCUCGACAGCAUCUACUUCAACCGUUUCCUACAGUGGAAGUGGCUAGAAAGGCAGCCGGUGACCAAAAAUACCUUCAGGCAGUACCGAGUCCUGGGCAAAGGCGGCUUUGGGGAGGUGUGCGCCUGCCAGGUGCGGGCAACAGGCAAGAUGUACGCCUGCAAGAAGCUGGAGAAGAAGCGGAUCAAGAAGCGGAAGGGGGAGGCCAUGGCGCUCAACGAGAAGCAGAUCCUGGAGAAAGUGAACAGUAGGUUUGUAGUGAGCUUGGCCUAUGCCUAUGAGACCAAGGACGCCCUGUGCUUGGUGCUGACACUGAUGAACGGAGGCGACCUCAAGUUCCACAUCUACCACAUGGGCCAGGCUGGCUUCCCUGAAGCACGUGCCGUCUUCUAUGCCGCCGAGAUCUGCUGCGGCCUGGAGGACCUGCACCGGGAGCGCAUUGUGUACAGGGACCUGAAGCCAGAGAACAUCCUUUUGGACGACCACGGCCACAUCCGCAUCUCUGACCUGGGCCUGGCUGUGCACGUGCCCGAGGGCCAGACCAUCAAAGGCCGUGUGGGCACCGUGGGCUACAUGGCUCCGGAGGUGGUGAAGAACGAGCGGUACACGUUCAGCCCUGACUGGUGGGCGCUGGGCUGCCUCCUGUACGAGAUGAUCGCGGGCCAGUCGCCCUUCCAGCAGAGGAAAAAGAAGAUCAAGCGGGAGGAGGUGGAGCGGCUGGUGAAGGAGGUGCCGGAGGAGUAUUCCGAGCGCUUCUCCCCGCAGGCCCGCUCGCUCUGCUCCCAGCUCCUCUGUAAGGACCCCGCGGAGCGCCUGGGGUGUCGUGGGGGCAGCGCCCGUGAGGUGAAGGAACACCCCCUCUUCAAGAAGCUGAACUUCAAGCGGCUGGGAGCCGGCAUGCUGGAGCCGCCCUUCAAGCCUGAUCCCCAGGCCAUUUACUGCAAGGAUGUUCUGGACAUCGAACAGUUCUCCACAGUCAAGGGCGUGGAGCUGGAGCCCACUGACCAGGACUUCUACCAGAAGUUUGCCACAGGCAGUGUGCCCAUUCCCUGGCAGAAUGAGAUGGUGGAGACGGAGUGCUUCCAGGAGCUCAAUGUCUUCGGGCUGGAUGGCUCAGUUCCCCCAGACCUGGACUGGAAGGGCCAGCCGCCUGCACCCCCCAAGAAGGGGCUGCUGCAGAGACUCUUCAGCCGCCAGAGGUGAGCAGUGUGGGCUCCCCGUGGGUUGGCUUUGCUGCCUGGCCUCGGGGAGCCACAGGCAGCCCUUCCAUGGCAGAGGCGAGAUGUGGGAGAAAGAAGUCUGGUGCCCGCCCCCUCCCCCGCACACUGCUUCGGUUCCCUGUACCCUGGCCCCUUUGAGCUGCCAGCCUUGCUUAGUCUGAUCCCCACGCUCUGCCUCCACCAGCCCCAGGGAGAGGGCUGGGCGGAGGCCUGGCCAUGGCAGACCCUGGGAUCCACCCAGACCUCCUUCAGUCUGUUGCCAGCAGCCUCUGCACUGACGCCCACCCUUGCGUGGCCUGAGCUGCUGCUCCAGGCCCCUCCUGGGGACCCCCCUCCCCAGAGCACGACCUUGGGCAGCUCCUGGCCUGCCCUAGCAGGGCUGGCCCUGUGUGACAUCCCUGGUGGCUAAUGGCACCCACUCUGCCUCUCUCCUUCCGUGUCUUCCCCGUCCCUCCAGGAUUGCUGUGGGAACUGCAGCGACAGUGAGGACGAGCUCCCUACCCGCCUCGAGCUCCCCACCCGCCUCUAGCCCCCCCGAGCCUGAGGCCCCCACCGGCAGUUGGCGGUAGCAGCUACUCCGGGCGCUGUUUACAGUUUUGCACAGUGGUCUUCCCCAUUGUCCAUUCGAGUCGUGGCCUGGGGAACAGCCGGAGCUGUCCCCUGUGUCCUCUGCCCCUCAGCCUCUGGCCUGGCUGAGUUUGGCAUGGCCUGGGCCCUCGCUGGGACAAAGGUGCGUCCCUUCAGCUCUUCUCCAUAGAGCUCUGGGCUUUCUGUAUUUAUGUAUUUGUAUGAAUGUACAUAGCAACCCACCCUAGACCUGGCACCUCUGCCCCAGCUUCCCAGGGCAGUGGGUCCUGGCUGGGACAGCGGGAGCUGGCGGAGGAGCCACUGCCAAACUCAAGGCUCCUCAGGCCCAGCUUGGACUGGCCAAGACUGGACUAGACCCCCAAUCCCCAGCACUGUGCUGGCCACCACCAGCCUCUGAGUAAGACACCUGCCCCUGCCACCAUGGGCUCAGGCUGCCACAUUCUGGGACCCAGUGCUGUCCCUUCUCAGCGCUUGCCAGAGCUGGAUCUGAGGCUUCUGUGUCCCCUAGGGCUAUGCCAAAGUGUGCACAGAGAUUGGCUGGCUUGAGGCCUACCAGCCCCUGUCCCAGGUGGGUCUGCUUCUGCCUUCCAGCUCCCAGGCACGUUGUCCCUGAUGCUGGGCCUUGUCCUGAAGAUGCCUCUUUCAGAAAUGCCCUAGCCUAGGCCAUGGGUAGGGGGUGUCCCCGGCCAACCCUUACACAUUCCGGACCCCCCUCAUAACAACAGACACACGUGCCCAGCAAUAAUCUGCUCCUCCCUGUUGUGCGUGUGGGGGGUGUGUGCGUGAGAGUGUGUGUGUGUGUGUGUGUGUGUGUGUGUGUCUGUGAGUGUGUGAAGGGGGUAGGGUGAGGUGGUGCCUGCGCCCCAGGCCCCAGCCUGGCCCUUCCCAGACUGUGAUGUCCGUCCUGGUCCCAGUUAGGGUAGCGUGGGAUUACAGGGCCCUGGUUUUUCCAUAUUUAAAGCCAAUUUUUCUUACUCAUUUUGUCCAGUGUAAGCUGCCACGUGUCUGUGUGAAUACAGUCCGAGCACAAGCCUG